UGAGACACAUUUCGUCUUUUCGUGUGUUGUAAACUUAAUAGUUUGAACAUUCACGAGUUUAGCCGAAUCUUGGUACAGUGUAACAGAUUUGUAAACCUGAAUCGUUCAAGCAUACUCUUGUGAAAAAAACAUGGCGAGUUUAACGAAGGAGCAAUUGAAAAACGAGUUAAUAAGCCACGGGGUCCAACCGCCCAUUCAAAGCGCCAGGAAGGAAGAGUUUGUCAAGUUAUAUGAGCAACACGUUGCCCCUAUUGUUGCGCUGAAAGGAGAUUUUUCUAGUGACGAAGAAACUGACGUUAUCGAAGAGAAGGUUGAGGUGCCAAACACCAGUUUGGUUUUCAAUGGGUUGGAUAUCACCACUAUCUCUGAUGAUGAUCUCUACAACCAACUUCAGUCAUUUGGAAUACCCGUGGGGCCCAUUGUUGACACAACCAGAUCAGUGUAUCAAAGGAAAUUAGCUGCACUGUUGCAAAAUGGAACAGGAACUCCUCCUGCUGAGGAUGUGAAUGAGGUUGAGAAAACUAAUGGCAAUGGAGCUUCUCAAGAGGAAAAAUAUUCUGACUCAGAAGAGGAAGAGCAACAGGAGCAGGUUGAAGAAGAGCAUCAUGUUGAAACUGUAGCAGAAACAUAUAUACAACCCAGUACACCUGCUCCUCUUCCCCUUGCAACAGAUCCAGUUAUCCCAGAACCUCUAACUGCGAUCCGUAAACGCAUCGCAGAAAGGCCCCCUUCGUCUAUGAAUGCUUUGCCGUUGGUUGAUCGACAGGGUACGCCAACACCAAGGCCGAGUAUUCGUUCUUUUACGGGCUCAUCUCAAUACACUUACGAAUCUCGGCGCCUAGUAGAUGCCACUGACGGCGUUGAGGCAGUUAAGCCGUUAUCUUCCCAUGUGGGAUCCUCCCCUGUUCAACCCAAAAUUAUCCAUUACGUCUUGUUGUUGAUCCUCUUUACAGCAAUCGCUUACUUCUUAUACACGUACUCGAUUUUUGAUCAAUUCAAGCAUUUACCGGAGAAUGUAAGACGAGCUAUAUUUCAGUACCUGGAGAAAGCGGAACAGGUAGCAGAGAAAAUAGAUAAUGCCAAGCCGAACCCAAUGCCGGAUGUCUAGACUUUUCAUACAUGCAAACUGCAAAGCCCCAAGUUCAAGCCGAACGCGUUAUUUGAGCUGUAGUUCAACCCAUUUAUACUAUCUGUAAAAGCAUGAUAUGAAUACUCCACUCACUUCCCCCUGUUGUUCAUCACAAACCCACUUUUUACUUUAUACCUUCAUUUCAAGUUAAAACUUGAUCAACCCCCUCCCUCAAAGCAAGUCGGAAAAGGAUAUUCGAUCUUUAUUAUGUUCAUUUUUUUUGUAUUGGCUUCUUUUUCGGCCAGAAGCUCAAAUACACAUGUCAAAAACACAA